GUAUUUCGCUAGAUCGCGCGGUAGCUACUUUAGUGCACAAGUUGUCAAAUUUUUAACCUCACUUAUUCUCUCUUAUUCUAUGGUAGAAAACGAAAAAUUAUAGUAUAGUGCACCCAUUAAUUAAUUUAUGGCCAAUUUAAAUAAUUAACAAUUAGGCAAUUGGCGCAUAAAUUAAAAAAAUGUUUAUGAUAAGGCAUUUUGACAGGUGACAGGUGCCAAGUGUCACAACAAACAAAAAGGUUAUAAUUUGAUAAGAAAUGCCCCCGAGGUUGGGAGAUCCCCACAUUUCGGUGAUAAAAAGCGCACUUGCAAAUUUUCGUGUCGUUUGGGAUUCGUUUCUCAUCUGGUCAUAAAAAUGCGAUAUGGAGGGCAACCAGAUGUGUAUUCUUGCAGCACAACUUCGUGGCUCAGCCAAUAACAAGUCCAACAUCCUAACAUUGUCCACACGAACACUAGAUACGAUUUUGUCGUCAUUUGAGCUCCUUGAAGAACAGUCAACUUCGUUCCAUGUCAAGCAGCCCCACAACUUCAAGGCUGAACUCCUCCGAGACUUGCAAUACCUCUCCAACUACAUACAAGAAACCAAAACCUUGAAACUAUACAUCGACAGCUAUGAUGACACCCCCGAAAUCGACAUCACAAAAUUCCGGAAACUCAUCUCUUUAGAAUUGUCCAAAGUGGACGUUAACACUGUUAAAGGCCUCCAGUUGUUACGCUCGCAAUUACAAAAAUUAAGUUGCCACAAGACUCAAAAUAAUUUAAGCGAUAUUUUGAUAAAUUGUGGGGGCGAUAAGAGCCGGGCUUUGUGCUGGAACGAACUGAAGGAAGCCGCCUGCACUGGUAAUAACAUAGUGGAGCUAGACUUAAGUCUUGAGUGUGCCCCCUGGCUCCACACGCUCGAUUUGAGCCACAACGAGAUCACGAAUUUUGAAGCUUUGAGCUGUCUUGUCAAUUUAAAGUACCUGAAUUUGUCUUACAACAGGCUGGAGGGCGUCUCGGUGCUCAGAGGACAGGUUUGCAACCGCUUACAGAAUUUGAUCCUAAAAAACAACUUUAUCGAAGACAUCGCCGGUUUGCGCGCCCUAACAAACCUCUGGGUGCUCGACUUGAGCAACAAUUGCCUAGUGGACCACAAAUCGCUCAUCGCCCUAUCUCACUUGGCCGCCCUCCAGUGGCUCAACUUGCAAAGCAACCCCUUGAGCUUCCACCCCAAUCACCGCAACCGCACUGCCAGCUACCUCCACGUCAACACUGCAACCACCCACUUUGUGCUAAACAGCGCCGUUUUGAGCAAAAACGAGAAGAAAUUGGUCGGCUCCUACUACCCUCUCCAGAUGAGAACUAACAGUUUUUCCACCGAUUCUCUGAGUCUUACGACGGAGAAAGCCAGGAGGGUGCGGCACGUGGUCAUUGAGGAGGAGAACACAGUGAGGGAGAGCAGCAUCCCCUCACUGCCGCCCACCCCAAAGCAAUAUUUGGAAACAAAGAAACAAAUCGAAGAUUUGCACGAAAAAUUCGGCGAGUCGUGGCUGAACUCACAGUCGGGGCUGUUGGACGUGCUGGGGCUGGAGAGUUUCUCGCUCCCGUUGAGCACAAGUCCGUACGAGGCCGACUUUACGAUCUAUUCCGGCGAUUUUACCCAAGAACAAGAAAUAGCAAAAGGCACUGUUGUGGAGCCCCCUGACCAGAUUAACGAAGAAUACGAGAAGAAAAUCGAAGCAAUCCCGGACGAGCCCGACAUUGAAGGGGAAGAAAGCAUUUACUUGGCCACUGUUCGAACAGAAACUGAGCCCAUUUUCAUAGUAAUCGGGCAAACGCACCUAAGUGAGAGGGAGUGCUCCACUGGGAACGAACGCGAAAAGUGGCACCUGGACAGCAUCACCAACUGCGAGAUCCUGGACGAGGGGCUCACAACAGUUCAAAUCGACUUCGAAACGAUGAGGAAAAGCCGCAAGCAACGAAUCUACGUCUUCGAGGACGAAAUCGAAGCCUUUGUCGCGUGCAUCAAAAACAAAAUCAACACGCGACAGCCGAAGAAAGAGGACGAUGUCAAGUAUCAGUGCAUGAAGUGUUCGACUGUGUUCGGGAGAGUGAAAAACGAGUCGAUUUUGGGGGAAGCCGCGGUCAAGUGCCCAAGCUGUGAUAGUACUUUGGUGGUGGAGGAGGUCUAAUUGACUGAUUCAACAAUUUAUCCUUCAGUUUAUUGUUUUAUACAAUAUUAAAUAAAUAAACAGGA